AUGAGCGUCAUAAAAAGGAUCUUGAGCAGGCUGAUCAUGAACAGAACAAACAAGGGGAAGAACAAUUUCUCCCUGUUAGAAAAGAAAGAAAAAUUGGAAACCCCAUACUUAUAUUUGUCCCUAUCCGCCUGCAUGCUUGGAUUAUCCUUUGCCUUCGUCCCACUGUACCAGUUGUUUUGCCAAUCAACUGGAUACGGUGGAACCAUACAAAAUAAAAUCGACAUCAGAAAAGUUUUGGAGAAGAAAAACGCAAAUAAUAAGAACAGAUUAAUUGAAGUAAACUUUACGAGUCAGUCUAAUAUGCCAUGGGUGUUCGAACCAGAACAGAAAAAAAUAAUUGUAAAACCUGGGGAAACGGUGUUAGCAUUUUAUAAAGCAAAAAAUUUGCUUGACAAACCAAUUAUAGGAAUAGCUCUCUACCAUGUGCUUCCUGACGAGGCAGGUUUAUACUUCAAUAAAAUUCAGUGCUUUUGUUUUGAAGAACAGAUGCUAAAUGCGAAUGAAGAAAUUGAUUUGCCAGUUCUGUUUUUCAUAGAUCCCGACAUUUUAAAUGAUUCUAGAUUAAAAAAUUUGGAGAAAAUUACCCUGUCGUAUAUUUUUUUUGAGUCUGACUCGGAAAUCCCCGAAGAAUAUCAGCACCUUUCAAGGGCAAUCGCACCGAGGAAGAAACCCGAAAUUCAAGUCAUUUGA